UGUUCAAAUCAGUUCACCACCAAUUUCGGUAUCUAGAGCAACCAAACAACCAACAAUGGCAUUCAAAUUCACCAUUCUUUUCGCCGCCUGCAUCGCCGUGGCCAGCGCUGGCAUCAUUCCCGCCGCAGCGCCACUGGCCGCCGUGGCCCAGGUGGAGGAGUACGACCCCCAUCCCCAGUACACCUACGGCUACGACGUCAAGGACGCCAUCUCCGGGGACUCGAAGAGCCAGGUGGAGACUCGCGAGGGCGACAUUGUCCAGGGCCAGUACUCGCUGAACGACGCCGAUGGCUACCGUCGCAUUGUGGACUACACCGCCGAUCCCAUCAACGGAUUCAACGCAGUGGUGCGCCGUGAGCCCCUGGUGGCCGCCGUUGCCGCCGCUCCCGCCGCCGUGGUGGCCGCUCCAGCCCCAGUUGUCCGUGCCGCCGUCGCUGCCCCCGUGGUCCGUGCCGCCCCCCUGGCCGCCGCCUACGCCGCCGCCCCAGCUCCCCUCGCCUACGCCGCCCCCGCGCCCGUCGUCAAGGCCGCUCCCCUGGUCGCCGCUGGACCCGCCAUCGUCAAGACCCAGUUCGCUUCGCCUCUUAUCUCGUACGCCUAUUGAAAUGCUGAAUAGGCCUCCACGACCCGACAAUUGCCGUUAGUUGUUAUUGAAAUAAAGGAUGUGAUCUAAUUGAAUGACUA